GACCUAAUCCAACUCUUUGGCUCCUCCACCACCACCACCUGCCCUUGGUUUUGAAUCUCGGUUCUGUGCCAGAUCGUUUAUGGCGUCGCCGUCUCUCGAAGUCCUUGUCCUUUAGUCCUGGUCCUUUCCGUUUGGAGCCCACCCAUUGACAGACCGUCCGUUCUCACCCACGGCGCGCGCCCCGUGUGAUCCCUGCCAGCCUUCCCGACCAUGUCCACUGGGUCUCCGACACUUCCUGCGUGAUCCAGGUUUCCGGAGACUGAUUAGCAACCAUGAGUAGUCGUGAUCGCAUGCGGGGCCCUCCGGCCGGUGAGGUGCCGCCCCAAAGAGAUCCCCGUCGAGCUGGUGAUAGUCGCAAUGGCGGUAUCACCGGACCGGGGGAUGGCUCCAUGUCGAGGGCCGAGAAAUUCGAGGAUGAGAAGCGGCGGAUAAUGCAUAGCUGCUUCGGCAAGAAAGAUAGCGAUGGCUCUCUGGUCGAGUCCUACAUAACACAUGUCCGCAUUAUGGAAGAUGCGGCCUAUCCGUCCACCCCCGCUCCACCCAAUUCGCCGCCGGAGAACAAGAAACCUCGAGUCAUUAUUGUCGCGGUCAGACGGUCCGGCAGAGUGCGCAUGCACAAGGCGCGAGAAAACAACGAUGGCUCGUUCUCCAUUGGCAAGACCUGGAUGUUGGAUGACCUCUCCUCGAUUCAGUCGUAUAACGCCUUGAUACCGUCCUCGCCGCUGGAACAACAGUACAAGCAGUGGGCUGGCAACGUUGGAUUCUUGGUCACCGUGGGAAAGCCUUACUACUGGCAUGCACGGACCUCCAAAGAGAAGGAGUUUUUCAUAGGCAGCCUGGUGAAGAUCUACAGAAAAUACACUGGCGGCAAGGUACCGACCCUGAUCGGCUUCGACGAGCGUGAGCGUCAGCUACUUGCUGGUGCAACGGCCACAGGACCGCCAGCUCCGAAAGCGCCUCCUCCAGGACCCCCACGCCCCGAAGUGACUCUGCCUCCCCCGCGUCCCCCCUCUUCUCAAGGCAGUCGACCUCAGUCGCCAUAUUCUAGCCGUGCACCCAGCCGCGAUGGGCCCAGGCGACCACCUCCGGAGGAACACAUUCUGCGAGCUCAAAGAAGUCGCGAUCAAUUGGGAAGACCGUCGACUGGCCAGUCCGGUAAAAGUGGUACUCCACCCUUCACCCCUCCUCAACACCCGCCACCAUUACCACCCGACCAGCGUGAGCAACCGCCUCCUCGUGCAGCCGAACGCCUUGCCACGGAGAACAGAGUUCCCAAGGUGCCCAUAAUCUCUCAACCGGAACCGAGGAACAGGGAUUUUCCCUCCAGCUUGCAAGCCGCGUCGGCUCCCGGUCAACGGGAAAGACCCAAUGGCAGCGUUGAGGAGGUCAACUCAGGUAGUAAUCUUCCCGACUCCCGACCGUCCUCCUCGCGCGACGCGCGGGCAGGCAACGAGCCCAGACCUACGCUUCGCACCCAUGAUCUCCAUACAAGCCGCAGUAAGGAUGGUCUUCGACCUACUACGCCUGGGUCGGUUUCUGGAGAAAAUCUCACCUUCAUGCACAGCCCAGCAAGCAGCGUGGGUCCGAGAUCGCCUCUGAGAGAAACAGUCGAAAAGCCAUUAGCUACGCCGACACGGGUAGAGCCACAGGAGCUUGAAGCUCCGAGCAGCUCCAUUAGUACCCCCGCCGUUGAGGUGCCAGCAGCACUUACCCCAGGCUCCUCAGGGAAUAACAAGGCACCACCAAUCGUCAAGCCUGUUGAGACACCAGCGCCUGCAGCCCCAGCAUUGCCAGCUUCGACAAAGAUCGCAGAGCCCGUUGAACCACUCGCAGAGACUGCAGCACCAUCAUCACCCCCUAGCGCUCCGGAAGCCGCUGAGCCUGCUGAAGAGGAACCUGAUGCCCAUCGUCCAGGACUCGGGCCUAUGAUCAAGAAGAAACAGAGUAAGGAUGUUGCAGGUGCAUUCCGCAAAGCUGCUACUGCCUAUGGAGCCUUCAAGCCGAGGCCGGGAGGUGCUGGUGAGAGACUCCUGGCAGCUGCUAAAAAGCAGAAGGCUGCCGCAGAUGAACCAGACGGAAUCACCAGCGUGGUCCCCGCGCCAUCUUUGCUUCGGACGAACAGUGAAAAUACAGUGACCUCCCCUGAAACGCCGGACACAGAGACGCCUCCAAUCCUAACGUCGUCCCCUGUGAAGGAAGUGCAGCCACAGGAGGUGCAACUGCCAUCACAGCCGCCAGCACAACCGCCAGUGCCUCCGCCUUCUGCUCCUCCAGUAAUCGAACCGCCCACCGUUGAAGUAACCCAGGCUGCUCCUGUUGAAUCUAUUAUCAGCUCGACCGAGACAUCCGCAGAGCCAAGGGAUACGUCCAGGGCUUCUGUGAAGGUUGAUGCAGAAAGGUCACGAUCCGUGUCGCCUUCCCCUCAUGAUCGUCGCCGCCGACGUCAUGAGGACAACACGAUCAAAUACUGCCAAACGCUUGGGAUUAAUCCCACCAUUCUCGAAGGACGCGGCAUCGACUUUGAUGAUAUACUGACUGACCUUGGCUGGAACGGGCGGCUCGGUGAUGAAAAGAAGAUUGAAGACCUCGAGGCGGAUAUUCGUCGAGAGAUCGGGCGAGUGGAGGCUACCAGCUGGCUUGGUAACCUUGAACAACAGGAGGGCAAGAUUGACCAACUUGCAAAACUCAUUGAUAGGACGGUCGAAGAGUGUGAAGAGCUGGAUAAUCUUCUCACUUUGUACUCUCACGAGCUCAACACCCUUCACGAUGAUGUUGCAUACAUAGAAACACAGUCUCAGGGUCUCCAGGUGCAGACCGCCAACCAGAAACUGCUUCAGAAUGAGCUUCAAAACCUACUCAAGACUCUUUCGAUCUCUUCGAACGAUCUACGGGCAUUGAAGGAAUCAUCACUGAGCAACCCUGAUGGAUUGCGAGACACGGAGAUCGCCUUGUCAACCUUAUACAAGGCAAUGUUGAUGAUUGAUUCUGACAUAUGGCACAACAAGAGGCGUCUUGCUGACGCGGCCGGAGACCACGGUAGCCUGGGCGUGUAUGCCGACACAGAGAUUGGACAAAUGCGUGCCAUUAAAGAAAAGAAAGAGGAAUAUCGCACACAUGGUCGUGUAUUCUUACAACGGCUCAAACAAUUCAUGGCAAUUGCCUACAAGGUGGCAGAACAAAAGAGGAUCGAUGCGGCAGCCAGUGGCCAGAAGGAUCCUCUAAAGCUCGACAGCGAGGCCCGAGGCUACUGCCGCCGCGAACUGUGGCAGUAUCAUGCAGUGAUGCUCUUUGCACGCGAAGUCAGCUCUGGAGAGUGGCACGCGCUCAUCAACCUCUACGAGCAACAGGCUAAACACCCAUACCAAAAUGAUUUCCGGGACAACAACCUGGCGUGGAGGAAGGCAGCGAGGAAGCCCAGUGGAGAGGAGCAGGAACUUCUCUUUACGCAUCAGGAGAAGGAGAAGGAAUCCGAAGGCAUUACGAUGGCGGCGCGCAAGCUCACCGUGAGAAGAGGCAAGACCAUUCGAGCCGCGGCAGGCCUUAAGCUUCCCUCCGGAGACAAGCAGCACGGCAAACUUGAGCCGUGCGAAGCAUUUGCCGGUACGCUUCAUGAGACUCUCAACAUGAUCUCCGAAGAGCAGAAUUUCAUCGUCCAUUUCUUCCAUCUCAAUUCGCUUUCUACUCUCGACUUCCCCGAUCUUGUCAUGUCAGGCGCGCCCGACGAGCGCAGGAUCCCCAAUUUCGGGUCUAAGCAGCUGCAUGAUCCUGACCGAGCUAUGGCCAAGAAGGUCGAACAGAUUCUGGACGAACUCUUCGCGUUCUGGCCGACGGAUAUGCAAAACCUUGUGGACUGGGCCAUCAGGGCCGACCCACUACAAGGAAUUGGAAUCUUGCUGGCCAUCGAGAAGGCGAUUUCCGAAUACGAUGAUACCAACCAAGACUUUAUCAUCCACUCGCUUCAGAAGCUACACUCCCGGUUGCUCGGCCUCUUUAACCGAUUUGUAGAUGAACAGAUCCGCGGCAUCGAGGAGACCAAGGUCAAGGUGAACAAGCGUAAGGGAGUGAUCUCCUUCAUCCGCGUGUUCCCGCACUUUGCUACCGCCGUGGAGAACAUGCUGUCGCAAGAAUUCUACGACAUCCGGGUGAAUGUCAACGACGCCUACGAUCGCAUCAACCGCGCCAUGUGGGAGUCACUCAAAUUCAUCGCCAAGGAGGCCCCAGGCCAACCCACGGGCGCGGCUGCGACUUCGGGCGACCCAGAAGACAAGGAAAUUCUCAACUACCACAUCCUUCUGAUUGAGAACAUGAACCACUACAUCGAGGAGGUCGAUGUUCGGGGUCUUCCCGUCCUGGAACGGUGGCGCGAUCGGGCGCACCAAGACAUGGACGAGCAUCUGACGUUAUACCUUGACUCCGUCAUCCACCGACCAUUAGGCAAGUUGCUCGAGUUUGUAGAGUCGGUGGAGAAUCUGUUGAAGACGACCAUCAAUCCUGCAGACAUUGCCAGCCGGCCUAGCCACUCACGGUCGGUUGCGAAGAAGGUGCUGGCUACGUAUGACGCCAAAGAAAUCCGGCGCGGAAUCGAAAUGCUGAAAAAGCGGGUCGAGAAACACUUUGGUGACGCGGACGAUCCCGGCCUCAGUCGAAGCUUGGUGCUGAAGGUGCUCCGGGCGUGCGAGGGUCGGUAUGGGGAAGCGUAUGACCGGACUCGACGCGUUGUUGAUGCGGUGUAUGAAGGCCAGCUGGAGCUGGAGUGGCGCAAGGAGGACGCUAUUGCCAUGUUCCAGAGAUGAAAGGCGGUGUCUCGUUCGGUUUCAACUCGGAACUGGGGUCUCCUGAAGGGGUUGCCCAUGCAUAAAUACCUGUCAAUUGCACCUUGCUGGAUGGUGAGGGAGGGACAAUUGUUCGCAUUGCGCAUCAUAGAACCGGCGCAUGGGUUGGAUCUUGGCAUUUCCCUGUAUUCCUUUUUCUUCUUGCGUUCUGUCUAAGUAUUUAUACCUGUUGAUGUAUCUGUAGCUCGUGGUCAAUGGGGGAAGGAAGGGGAGGAAGCGGUAAUGGGAACAUGAUUGCUG